GAAAAACGCAUAUUUCCGAGCCCACCUAAGCAGCAUGGCCUCCCAGAAUAACGAAGAAAGUGUUCCUGAAUCGUGGGACGAUCCUUCUGGAGGCAUUGGAGAUUCCGCUGCUCAGCUUGCUAAGGACAUUUCUUCCAAGCUAAAUGUGAAUGCCCCAGUAUUCAUGCCAGGCCAAAAUGUGUUUGCCCCUGCAUUCGUUCCUUUACAGGUUCCAGAUGAGGAGGUGCCCGAUUCAGCAGAGCUUCCAAAUGUUGAAGAGGGAUCUGUUAAUUUGGAAUUGGAUGGAUCAGGAGAACCAGUAGAAUCUACACCUUUGUCACAACCAAACAAUCAGACUGAAGAUGAUACUGAAACAUGGGACCAACAGGAUGAAGAGGGCCAGGAGGAGCCCCAACUGGAAGAGGGUUUGGAGGAUGAAGAUGAGAUACCCAAACCUAAGAAACCUUCAGAAGCAGCCAACAAAGUUAGGAAAGACCAUGUCAAUGUAGUCUUCAUUGGACAUGUUGAUGCUGGAAAAUCAACAAUUGGUGGUCACCUUUUAUACCUUACAGGAAUGGUAGAUAAACGCACACUUGAAAAAUAUGAGCGAGAAGCAAAAGAAAAGAAUAGAGAAAGUUGGUAUCUUUCAUGGGCACUGGACACAAACUUAGAAGAGCGCGAGAAAGGCAAGACAGUGGAGGUUGGUCGAGCAUUUUUUGAGACUGAUAAGAAGCACUUCACAAUCUUGGAUGCUCCAGGUCACAAGAGCUUUGUGCCUAACAUGAUUGGUGGUGCCUCCCAGGCCGACUUGGCAAUAUUGGUCAUCUCUGCACGCAAGGGAGAAUUUGAAACUGGGUUUGAGCGUGGUGGCCAGACAAGAGAGCAUGCAAUGUUGGUGAAAACAGCUGGAGUGAGGCAUCUUAUUGUUCUGAUCAACAAAAUGGAUGACCCCACAGUAGAAUGGGAUCUUGAGCGAUACAAUGAGUGCAAAGAUAAACUCAUGCCAUAUUUAAGAAAAUGUGGAUUUAACCCCAAGACAGACAUCUACUUCAUGCCAUGUUCUGGUUUAACAGGAUCUUUUCUUCGCACUGUCCCAGAUGAAUCUGUAUGUCCUUGGUACCGAGGUCCAUCUCUGCUUGACUACCUUGAUCAGCUGCCACCAUUGAACAGAGACAAAGAUGCUCCAGUGAGGGUGCCUGUAGUUGAUCGAUACAAGGACAUGGGCACCAUUAUGUUGGGCAAAAUAGAAUCAGGUGUUGUUCAGGUGAAUCAGAAGUUGACUCUGAUGCCAAACAAAGCAACAGUAAGAGUUAUGUCAUUGAUAACAGAUGAAGACGAGAGUGAAGAUGCCUAUCCAGGAGAAAAUGUCAAGAUUAAGGUCACUGGAGUAGAAGAAGAGGACGUCUCGCCCGGAUUUGUGCUAUGCUCUCCAGAAAAUGUUUGCCACACUGGUCGGAUGUUUGAUGCACAGAUUGUGAUUCUGGAGCACAAAUCCAUUAUAUGUGCAGGUUACAGUUGUGUCUUACACAUUCAUUCUUGUGCAGAAGAGGUUACCAUUAAGGCAUUAAUUUGCUUGAUUGACAAGAAGACUGGUGAGAAGACUUCAGUUCGACCAAGGUUCAUCAAACAGGAUCAGGUUGGAGUGGCUCGCUUGGAAGUAACUGGUGGUAUGAUUUGCUUGGAGACUUUCAAAGAUUUUCCACAGAUGGGUCGAUUCACAUUGCGAGAUGAAGGAAAAACAAUAGCCAUUGGCAAGGUGUUGAAAAUUAUUGAGUAAAUGAUUCUUGGAGUGUGAAUUUACUACCUUUGGAUAACACCCAUGGCGGCCUGGAAGAGUUAUGAUGCAACGUCGGAGAGUACGUAUCAUGCAAUGUCUGCUUGCUUGUUACCAUAUCUAUGACACCAACACUGAUAUGGAGAUUGCAGUGCUGGAGAGGUCCUUGCUUCAGAAUGUUAUGGCAUUUUUUUUUUAAUUCUUCGCUGAGCCAGAGGUAAAGUUUCCAAAAUGGCCAUUUGUCGUCGGGGACGUUGUGCAUACAAGUGCGCUCACAAACACAUACAUUAUAUACACACUGUCACAGACUAACAGUACAAAAGCCUUCUGUGUGUGGAAGCAUAUCUGGUGCACUUGAGAGUUGUUCACCACCUGUUUUACUCCCCUCAUGUUACCUGGAUGCUUCCUUUUCUUCGCAUAUUUGCAAAUAUUUGACAGUGUUUGCUAAUUUACAGGCACAUGGUAUGUGCAGUAGAGUGAAGUGUUUCCAGGAUUACAUUGGGGCAUAACUGGUUUUGCUUUCAAGUGGACUCCUGGCCAAAUUUGUAAAAAAAAAAAAAUUGUUUUGAUUUUUGGUCACACCAAGUUGAUUAGGUGACUAGCAUCAUUUUGAAAUGGUUCCAGUUUGUAUGUCUGAUUAAAUCCAAGGCAAUAUAGUGGUAAUUACAACAGCUCAGACUUGCUGGAGUCUGUGAAGAAGGGUUUAAGGAAAUAUGAUUUUUGUUUUCACCUUAUUGCAAGUUUUACAGAGGUUGAGAUUAGAAUGUUCCCAAUUGCGAAUGUGAUAAUAAGAGAUUUUAAAUAUUAAUGGAGGACUCCUCUUCCCUGUAUGAAAUUCUGUUUUUGUCUGUCUUGCUGGUCUGUAGUUAUUCAUCUUAAGGUAUGGGUCAAAACUUAACUGUGCUGUACAUAAUUGAGUGUUACACAAAUACCAUGUUUAUUAUUGUUUCAUGCACUUCAAAGAAAUAAGGAAAUAUAAACUAGAGACAUCACUCAGCUGUAUUUUUUUCAAGCACUUGGAUAAAGCAGUUAGUUUGUACAUAUCUAAGUUGUUUAACUGCACACCUAGUCAUAGAGAAUAGCCUGCCUCACUCUCAGGGUAGACAAGAGAAAAGGAAAGUGACAUGGUUGUGAUGCUCAUGGAGUUCACAGACAGAAGCUCUCAAACGUUAGUCUUGAAGACACCUCUAUCAUUACAUGCUUUGUGGGACAAGUAAAUCCACACAAAUUUCUCGAAUCCUGAUUUUAUUACUCCCCUUUUUAUUAAAUGUUUGCUUUUGGCUCUUAAAUUGGCAGCCUGCUGUUGCCUGUAUACAAAAACAUAUGUCUGACCUUUUAGUUUUAUAACUUCAGAGAUGAGUAGUUUAAAUACGUGAUCUCCAUUUCACCAGCAAUUUUCUGUAAGCCCUGCAUUCCACACUACAAGGGAUAUAAUCAUUCUAUUUUAUGGUAGCACUCAGAGAUUGUUUUUAUUAAGAAGUGUGUAUGACAUUUGUGUACGUUUUUAAUUUACUGUAAAGUGGUACUUAGGCUUAUUGGGUGGCUUUAUUAGUGUGGAGCAUGUUUAGAUGCUUGCUGUGGCCCUAUGCUCCUCAAAGAGGAGCAAGGACUAAUGUUUAGAUGUUUCUGGUUUUUUUUUUCUCCCAUCAGAAAAUAUUACAGAUGCUGAAUGAAGUUUUUUUUCAUUCCAUAUUAGCCAUACAGUAAAAAGCCAUACAGCUGCGUGGAGAAAUUUCUUCUCUGACAUUCAUAAGGUACUUGUGUCACAAUCACAUAAGACUUGUAAGAAUGAUAUGAUUAAAUGUGGAAUUUGAAAACCUGUGAAAUCUAGAUAUUUCUAACUAAAGUAAAUAAUCAGACUAAAUGUUUAGUUUAAAGUUGCUGACCCACAUUCUCAUGAAAAAACUAAGCUUCUUUUACAUUAUCCAAUGUGUAUUUUUUAUAAAACUAGAACUCAACCAUAACUUAGGCCCUUUACUCUGUGCUGAGAGGACUAAAAGAUAUAUAAAAGAUUGACCAAAUAUACCCCCACUCCAGACCUUUGAAAGUGUUUAAACUAAAGUGUGGAUAAAGAAGUUUCUAAUCCUGUAACGAGCUUAUAGCUUGGCCUAUAUUUGACAGCACUUAUUUAUAAUAGUCAGGCUACUGUUUUUGGCUGAGGGAUAAGAUGUCAUGACUACCUGAAAUCAUGUUCACAAACAAAAAAAGGUGUAUUUAUAGUAAUUUCUUUAAAAAAUUAACCUUGCCAUCAUUAAUGCACAGUUGAAUUGUUGCUGAUUAACCAUUAUUUUGUUUGAUGUAGUUAUAGACAUAAAGUUGUAGAUUUAUUUGUCAGUAAAUAUGCCAUUGAGCAUAUCAUAAGCACCAAGGUAAAGAAUACAAUAAAAAUGAUGCCUGUUUUCCGGUAGGAUAACUUAAAGCAGCUUUAGGUUUGUUUUGUUUUUUUCUUUGGUGGUGUUUUGGCAUAAAUUGUAGAUUCAGUUUUUACCCCUACUUGGACGUAAACUCUUUGCUAACUUGUUUAUAGUAUUGAUCUGCCAAUAACCUGCUGAAGGCAAGACUGUUUAAAGUUUGUUUUGCAUUUGACGUCUUGGUGCUGGAUAUUUGAAUCUUUGAGCUAUUUUUCACAUGAUGUAUCACUUUGUGAAUUUGCAAGUUACACUUUGGAUUUUCAGAAGUGAGCUUUACAGUCUUUUGGAAUGAAGGAAGAAGUCUUGAUGCUUCUGCACAUUUAGUUAAUACUAAGAACUCUGUCCAAAGAGCAGGUAGUAAGUGCAUAAAGUCAAAAGCAUUUUGGUGCUUCCUUAAUGGAGUUUCAUGAAUGUUGAACAGUUUUCAAGACUUAGCUUUGAGUGCCUUUUUAUGUCUUUUGAAUGGGAGUUUCCUAUGAUGGGAGUUGAGUAGAUUUUGUGUUUUUUUGAAUGUUGUUACCUGCUUAAACUGCGUUAUAAUACAGUAAUUGGGUAGCAUCUGUAGUAAUAGAUUGCUUUUGUGAAAUGUCAACUCUAAAAAAUUGCAUUGGUCACUGAAUUUUUUUUUUGUUUGGUUCCUUUUUUUAUGCUGAUAAGGAAUUGUGUUUGGUGAUAGAAGAUGCUGCUUAAAUCUUAUGCAAAGGUAAACAUUGUUCUUGAUCUAAUACACUUUAAACAAAAGAUGGAAAGACUUGUACUUAUAAUUAGCAGGCUUAAAAUUUAGAGCUUAAAGUAUCAAUAAUUUUUUUUAAUGUGUUUAUGCCUCUGUAUAAAAAUAAAUCAGUUUAAUAAUAAAAAAAUAAUAUUAAAUAAAAAUAAAUAGAUAUUUAGAGGCCAAAAUCUACGUUAUGAUGGAGGGAAAAUGGCCUUGACCCAAAAGAGGUAGGUGAGAACCACAUGGUGCUCUGACUAUCCAAGUGAUCAGGCCUUGCUAAUUGCUUCUAUCUGGCCUAACAAGUAAUUUUUCCUGCAAGAUUGUGGAAGUUUGGCCUAUGAUGCAGCACUUUGAGAGGUCAUAUAAACAGUCAAUAUGUACCUAUUCGACUAAACAUUGCACAAGUAUUGCAAUAAAGUUAUACAGUGUUUUUUCAUAACAGCUGUUUGCAACUUGAUACACUUUUGCAUGUGUAAUAAAUUCAAUAGGUGAAAUCUAUUGCAAUGUUAAAAUACCUGGGUUCAGAGAUGUAGAACUGUUCGAACUGAACAAGAACUGUAAUUGCAUGUCUUUAUGUGCUAUAUUUUAGAUGACAAUCUUCUCCACCAUCUUUAAAAACAAAAAUGGACCUUCUCCCUAUAAUUUAGAAAAUAUCCAGUUUUCUGUGUGUGUUUCUGUGACAACACACCAAAUUAUUCUUUAAAUCUGCAGGAGAACAGCUGUGUGCCUUUCAAAAAAUCAUAAUGCAUGCUUUGCUUAAUUACUUUUUAAAAAAGCUGAUAUUAACAUAGCUUUGAGUGUCAACCCAUCAAAGAAAAAUCAGCAUAUUAAAUUUAAUUUUUCAAAAAUUCUUGACUGGUCUCAAAAGCAGUUUUGAAAUAGAUUUCAGCACAUCGCAAUAUUAUCAUUUUAUGAAUAUAUUUCGAAGCAGAGAUCAUAUGCUGGAUUCUGUAAAACUUUGCCUGUGGACUAUUUUUCUUAUUUUCUCCACACAGUGCUGCAUUAGAAUGAACCUGGGCCCUUGAAUCGUUAAACAUUAUCGUAAAAGCCAAGCUUUAGAUCGAGGUGGAUGUACAAGAGUGUCUAGAUUUAUACAAGGAGAGAACAGAAGAAUAAGAACUCCUGUUUAUGUAGUGUAACCGACAUAAUUUAUCAGCAUUGUGACAUACCAAAAUCCAGAAGCUGAAUUAGUUAUAUUAUUACUUGAAUAAAUCAGUUACACAAGAUUAUAUUACAUGUUUUUUGGUGAACUUUGAAAGGCCAUAAUCAUUUAAGUUGUUAGGAUGAGAAAUGUCAAAAUUGUUUACAUUAACUUGUAAUGUAUAUGAUAAACAUUCUUUAUUUUAAUAUUAUUCAACAUUGAGACUCCAGAUCCUACAGCCUAAAUCCAUGGAUUGAGGAUCUGCAAGGAAUGGUCUCAUUCAGUGACAUGGGGGGUGAGAUCCUCACAACACAGUGUGAAUGAAAAUGAUGAAUAAAAUAUGUAGCAUGUCUACAAACCUA